CAAUACAUUGAAAUCAUGUCACAACAACAGCAACAACAACAACAACAACAACAACAGCAACAACAACAAUCGGUGCCCACAAUCGCAGCUUUGCUCAAUCAGCAGCUGCAUCGCGGGGAGCAGCAGCCGCCGUCCAGCAAAUUUCAGCUGUCCGAGAAGAAAAUGAUUAAAAGAACCCAGAUUCUGGACAAGGUAUGCAUCGUCUUUGGCGAGCUGAUUGCGACGGCCUUCCUAAUAUACCUGGGCUGCAUGGGCUGUGUGCAGACUCCUCUGAUCGCCAACUCGCACAUCCAGAGUGCAAUUAGUUUUGGAUUUGUCGUGCUCAUCUGCAUUCAGUGCUUCGGUUGUGUGUCCGGUGCGCAUCUCAAUCCCGCCGUAACAUUGGCCAGCUAUGUGUACAAGCAGAUAUCGUGGCCAAUGGCUCUGGCCUUCUUCGUGGCCCAAAUGCUGGGCGCCUUCAUUGGAUAUGGACUGCUGAAAGCAUCAUUGCCCGACAAUAUUAUCUGCAGCACGAUAACCCCGCAAGGUGCCUGUCUGACCACCGUCGCCAGCGGCGUCGCACUAUGGCAGGCUGUCCUCAUCGAGUUCCUAAUCACCUGUGUGCUGAUCACCAUCUGUUGCGGUGUUUGGGAUCCACGUAACGCUAAAUUCCAGGACUCGGUGCCCGUACGCUUUGGUCUGGCCAUUGCGUGUUUAUCCCUAACUGCGGGUCAGUUUACGGGCGCGAGCAUGAACCCAGCCCGUUCAUUCGCCCCGGCUGUAUGGAACAAUGCCUGGGAGAAUCACUGGGUCUACUGGGUGAGUCCCUUGGCCGCCGCUUUGGUCACAUCGCUUGUCUACAAGCAUGUUUUCCGGCGCCAGGUAAACGAAGCCGAAAAACCGAUCCAAAAUAACGAGUCACAGCCGUAGGAGCCACCAUUAAUUAAUUCAAAAAGUGUUAUGUGAAUAGGUCUAGCUAUAUUUAAAUUUGCAAGUGAAUUCGAUAUAAACAAUAAUGGUACAAAUUACCACAGCUGCAUGUUUAGCCGACACAAGUUCGGGGUUUCUACUAAAACGGAAAUAUAAUGGCGCAAAGUAAACUAAAAACCUCGAGCUCGAGCCAGCUUAACAUCCAGCCAGACAUUAGAAAGGUCGCCAAAACAAAUAACAAUUAAUCAAUAUGUAUGUCGUGUGGCCUAAGGGCAAUAAAAUAAAUCAGUUUAAUGAAAA